UGUCGGAGCGCCCGAUUUAGAUGCUGCGCAACGGGCGAAGUCGCCGACGCGUUAUAUAUACUCGGAAAAUUCGGAUUCGUUCCUGCAUUCUGAUACGACAUUUCGAUAGGGGUUGUCCGGUAAUUAUGUUCACAAUGAGGAAACAUAGCAGAGAAUUCACAGCGGAGAAGAUCUUGCUUUUCGCUUGCGUUUUCGUCAUAACGGUGGUUGAAAUAUCCUCGAAACCGCAGAUAGAUUGCAGGAUACAUUUGUACGCGCCAAUUUGUCGAGGGGUUGCCGCCAAAAGGGAUGAUCCCUACUAUUACAACGAGGGUUUAAGAGAACUGGCAAAGAAGUUAUCGUGGGAUUAUCCGUCUCAACAAUACACAUAAACCCGAAGCUUCACAUUAAACGAAUUCGACGCACGUUUCAACAUGUAAUAAAUAAAUAAAUUUAAUUGAAAUCAG